AAAAGAGAAUGACACAUGUGCUGUUUCCUUUUCCAGUUGUAAAGGGGUCAGGAGCCAGGCAAGGAGAGCCCGAACAAGAGGAGCAUUUUCCUGGGCUCUUCCAGCUGUUCUGUUCAAUCCCGCCGUCAGUUCUGAGCAGGGAAGAGAGGCUGUCAACACAAAUAAGGCAUUUUUCAAAGGCGUAAAUUAUGAGUUACCAAAACAAUACGACAUCUCAACCACCAGAAUGUGUCAAAUUGAUGGGUUCAGGCUGAUGACCCUUCGGGAUAAGAGAUGCCAGCUCUGGCAGGGCACUACACACUUACCAGCAAAUAUUAAAAUAGAUGGAGACAUCGAAAGCCCCACAGCUGUAGCAGAUGUGGCUGUUAUUGGAGGUGUGAUUGCUGCAGUGGUAUUUGUCCUCAUUUGCCUGCUGGUGGUGAUGGUCCGGUACAUGUACAGGCAUAAGGGCACCUACCACACUAACGAGGCAAAAGGAACUGAGUUUGCCGAAAGCGCAGAUGCCGCUUUGAAAAAUGAUCCUACUCUCCAGGAAGCAGUGGAUGAGAGCAAAAAGGAAUAUUUUAUCUGAGAGGCAAGGAUUUCCAUGGAGACUUCCCCAAGGAAAUCAAUCAUAAAUGCUACAUCAACAGAAGAGCUAAGAGAUGGAUAAUAUGAGGAUAUGGGCAAGCAUCCUAAUUGAAAAGUAUCUCUUUACUUUUUUUUGUCACUGGGUUGUUUCCUUUCCUCUGCUGGUGAAGAACUAAAUGCCAGAUACUUGCCUGUUGAUUUUAUUAGCAACACAGCUGGUCACAGUUGAGAUCAAUAUCAGAUAAGAAGAAACAAAAUCUCAGUUAUGAGUGGUACACCAAAACCAGAUAAAGAUAGCAAAUGUCAAGCCUUGACAUUUGGUGAAAAUCGUAGAUGCCAAUGGAAAACAUCCUCAUAGAGUUAAUGAUGCAUCCUAUGCUGAUAUGAUACAGAACUACCUGAAAUUGAAUUUCAAAUGGUCACAGAACAAACAUUAAACUAGAUAAAGCUGAUGUAGCUGGAACAAAAAUAGCUUUGUAGCCCAGAUAUGUCCCCCCCUCCCCUUAAAUGUGCAAUUUAGCUGGCACAGGGGAGUUUGUUUUCUUUGGGGAUUUAGACUGGGAUUUUUUUUUAAAUUUUAUAUACAUAAAAGUCAAAGACACUUCAAAGAAUUAAAGUUUUGGAAAACAUGUAAAACGUAAGAAUGAAACUUGUAACAUGUAAGAUGAAACUUGCUCUGCAUGGCAGCUUGAGAACUGCAAAAUGUUGGAAUUUACAUUGUAGUAUAUAAUAGUCAGUAGACUUACAAAUAUGAUUCCAAUUAGUUGGUAGGUUCCUUGCAUGCAUGCAUAAAUAGAACGAUAUUAAAAGGUAAAGCAUCGCAGUUUGAGCAGGUCUUUUGAAACAAUGGAGCUCAGCUAGAUUUUUUCAUGUAAGAUUUUUUUGCCUGAGUAUUUAUUUAUUUAUUUUGCAUUGGAAGAUUCUCUUGAAUGCCUGCCAGCAGGAUUUUGGAUUUUUUGCAGGGAGAGGAAUUCAGUUCUGGUGCAGAUACUGAUAAAUCUUUUACAAAUGCAUCCAUAAGACUGCCAUUUAUAAAGAAGGUUGCUCAUCUGCAUCCCACUGGCUUGUAUUGAUGUCUCCCUCUGUAUGGCCUCUGUAUAGCCUUUGAAUUGUGCUAGGUAAGAGAAUUACACCGACCAUCAAUGCUUUAUUAUAAAUAAAUAAAUAGAUUAGUCAUGGUGGGUCACAUGAAAAGAUCUUAUUCCUCACCUAAGAAUCGAUGGCGAUGAGUUUCUUUAGCUCAGUAAGUUGGCUUCCUAGUUGAAGCCCACAACUAGCUCCGGAAAUGCGAUAAUUGUUCUCUGCACCUGCUCAUUCCCAGCUGCAGCGGUGCCCUGGACUACUGAAAAUAGAGGAGGAGAAAUACAUUAUAACAAACAAGACACUGAUGAGCUCUGCUCAACUCAUUAUGUCUUUUCCUGUGUUUUGAUCUAUAUAUGUUUGUACAUAAAUAUAAAGUCAUCUACAACUGUGUUUUCAAUACAUUGUUGCUGAUCACUUGUGCUCACUUCUUGGCACCAAAGCUUGGAAAGCUCCUGUAUUCAUUAUCAACAUUGGCCACAAAAAUGCUGUAAGAGAAGACAGAUCUGAACAGCAAAAGACUCUGAGGUCCCAAGUGAAGAAAUGGGAUAUUUUUUGUCUUUUCGAUCAUAAUCUUGGUCUUUUCUCAGUACCUGAAGGAGAGGAAUGCUGAAUUAUUCUUAGAAUCCCAAUUAGCUUUGAUUUUGAACCUUAAAUUCCCAUGUGUUUGCCUUUUAACCAAAGAAUAUCAAAAUCAUGCCAAAUUUACUAAAUGCCUAAGAUAUUUUUUGGAACAAACCAUUGUACAACCACAUUGCAUUCUGUGGCUACUGCAGUAUAAAAUGCAAAAAAUGCAGCUCUAGCAGAGCUCAAAUAUUUUUAUAUUAUGCACCUGACUGUUUCUUUCUAAGGUACAUUACUAUUUUAAUCUUUUUACUACUUUUGAAAAGGAAUCGGGUUUUAUUUUUCUAGGACAACUGUUGGAGAAGUUCACUAACCUUAGCUGUAAGACUGACUUUGUAAAACUGAAGACCCCUGACCCUCCAGUUCAAUAAAAAUGUAAAUAUUUCCUCUGAGGAGACUGUAAACGGGGUGACUUGAGCUCUGCUGCAUCUCCCACACAAGGCAUGGGAGCACCAAAAUUCUUUUGUCCAGUGCUAUCAGGACCUAUAGAGGACUACCAGCCUUUUGUCCCCUUUCAUAUACUCAGAACCAUGUAAUGUGAGCUUGACUGUUAAAGAAAAUUGACUUUAGAGGAAGGUGUGAGGGACACAGGGAAUGAAUUCCUGCCUCCUUCCCCAGUCAUGAAAUUCUGUUUUUUUUCAACUUGAGCCUGCUAAUUAUAAUUAGACAGCUGUGUCGUAUCUGAUACACAGGAGAACCUGAAUUAGUGUCUCUUUCGGCAUGUGUCUGAGUUUUUUAAUUAUGAAGUGGACUGAGACAGACUAACUGCCCACAUUGGAACUAUAGAGGCCAGAUUUUCUGGUGGUACAACAAGAGUUUGGUAGAGCUGAACUCCAAUUCUUACCAGUCCAACCAACAACAGACUUUGUGUCAUUGCUCCCCCUAAAUCUGAACUGAAUGAAACUACCGGUCUUUGACUAUAUCCCACCUUAGUAGCGUAAUUAAAUCUCUUUAUCCCAUUUUCCCUAUUCAUCUAGGCUGCCAGUCCAAGUGUACAGCAACAGCUUCCCAAUCGGUAAUGAGCCACUUCGAAUAUUGGCAGAGCAGUGACUCUGGCAAGAGCUAUGGUUUCAGUUUUAGUUUAUUUUUUUACAGUGUCCGUUUGGGUCCCAGGGCUUUGUGUAUUUAAAAAUUACUCAAGCAUGCUGAACAGAGAGAAGACAUGGUUUGUGGACCUUUUCUGUUUAUUUGUUUUUUUCAGGACAAAUUUUGCUUUCUAAUGAAGAAAGCUCAUGACAUCUGAUGACUGGCAGACUCUUAAUGGCCUGAUCCUGCUAUUUUUUGCUCAUACAAUAACUCUACUUUCUUGAGUCAUUCAGUUUAGUUGUAAAAAGAGUGCAUUACAAACUUCCUGUAACUUUUAGGACUAAUUAGCAAAACAUCCUUCUGCAGGCAACAUGCUGUGCUAAAACAAACAUUAUGUACACACUGAGACGUCUCAGCUGGCAGCCAUAGCUUUUCAUCACUGAUGAUUAAAUGAUUUUUACAAUUUGGUUCCUGAAUAGGAGAAUUAAGGAAGCAGCUUCUUUUCCCCCCACAUACUUUUCCUCAGGUCCCCCCACUGCUAUGGCCUGUUGUCCUGCAGCUCUCUGGUGCUCCAUCUCCCCAGCUGUGAAUGCCGUUCUUGCUUGCAGUCCCUGAGGCUCCUAUCUGGAUCCCUACUGCCUUCCCUAAGGCAAUGGAUUGGCCAUUUACUUAUGUAUUUAUUUGUUUAUUUUUAUCAGUGAAGAUACUCUGUCCCUCUCUGCCAGCCAAGAACUAAUUUUCACAAAGGCUUUAGCUUUAGGCUUCCAAUCCUGUGUCAAAUGUGAUCAAACCUGACCAACCUGACCUGAGACUGAUUUACAGAGUGAUCACAUAUGCCACAUUUUCAUAGAGAACAGGUCUAAAAAUAGUACUGCAAUCUCUCUAGUUAGUUAAAUUUCUGUGUUAUAAAUCUCUAGUGUUCACUAAACAAGGGAGCAGAAUGACGAUCCCUCAAACAACUCAAUUUUGUCCUGCUGACUUAAUGCCCUGUGAAAGCUUGUUGAAUCCCACUUUGCACAGAAAGCCACUGGCCCAUGUUUAGAAGCAAAGGUUAUUUUCAGUGAUGUACAGGAAAGCUGUACGUCAAAAUGACCAAUAUUUGCUGGAGUUGGAAAAGAGAGGAUAAAUACGAUCUUGUAGGAAGACAAGACAUUUUUAAAGGAUAUAUAGAAAUUACAAGAGUUAAACAUAAUAUUGCUGAUUACAUAGGUGAGCUUUAAGAGUGGUCCAUGGGGCUUUCAAAUUCUCCCCCUGAAAAAAAAAAAAUCAUUUGCAAAAGGAAACAUCGUUUUACACUAUCUCGUCAAGCUUUGAAAACAGGCUUCACAGAUUCAGUGUUCUACCAUUCUGCCUUAACAUCUGGAACUCAGCUUCUUCUAAUUUUUUGAAUACCUGUACAGUCUAACCCUGCACAAAAAUGACUGCUUGCUUGUGUCAGCCCAUGUAGCAGCAUUACAGCUCAGCAGAAUAAUUCUGUCCAAAAGCAGUCCCAAAUGUGUAUCUGGCCACCCACACACCUGCUACGCAUUUUUUGCUGGGACUUGGCCUCUAUCAUUCCAGGUUUUCCUGAGGGCCAAUGUGCCAUUGUACAUUAAUGCAAUCCCAAGGAGUAUUUAAUCAGCCAUUAGUCUAGAUAACUACAGAUACAUAUAUUUUUCUUUUUAAAAUAGGACCAAAUCACUUUUAAAGGCUAUUAAAAACAGUACCAUAGGUUCCCUCAGAACAUUGACAUCGAUUUUUCUCUUAAAUCAAGUCUAGGGAUCAUUGGGGGAACACCAGGACAGGAAAAUAAAAAAAGACUGUUCCCUUUCAGCAAGGAGUGCAGGCAAGGUGCUGAAACAUUUAUAGCUGCAGGAUAAGUAGGAUGGCUACAGCCUGUGAGGAUUCCUCACAGAAUACAGGAAACACUGAGGCAAGAUGUAAAUCAGUAAAAAGAUACAGAGGGGAAGAAGGUAAUUAGAUGCCAAUAGAGAUGGAGAGCAGCUUUUCAUCAAACAAAAGAGAUAUUGCCAUUUGGAGAAAUCAAAGUGUAUUUGCUGAAGAUAACUGCUGACAUCAAAUUUGUUUGAACUGUAUGAGGUAUUUGAACUCCUUGCAUGUGCCAGUCCAAUCAAAAAGUGCUGGUGGAUACACACCAAAAGAGCACUCACAUUAAAUGUACUGUUUACUGCGUUUUCUAAAAUCUCUCCGUUCUUCACAUAAGAAAGCUUUGUGUGUUCAGAAAAUGCAGAAGCUUCACAGCAGUAGUUCACAUAAGACAGAAAACUAAAGAAGCCCUGAACAAGCAAUGAAUACACAUCUCAUGUCUGGAAAUUCAGGUAGUUAAUAGAAGAAGCUAACAAUAUCAAAGAAAAACAUAUAAGGUGAGUAAAAAUUUCAACCAUAUUAGAAAUAAAUGAAACAUUUGUAGUAGCGGAGGUCGUUCUCUAGUUCAAGAAGGUAAUAUUGACAGUGACUGGAAAUAAGGAAUCCUUAUUCUACAUGACUGUUCCAUGUGUGGUGGGAUAAAAUCCCACUGAAUUCAGCAGGACAAGACUUUCACUGACUAUAUUUAUCCUUUCUGCAAAACAUUGUAUUCCCAACAAUAUCAGAAACAAACACACUAAAUUAAAGUAGAAAUUUUUAUAAGGGUUCUUCUUUCAGCAUUACCUCGUGUCUUCACACCAUCUUUCUAUUGUUUCAAACUGUAUGUAUGAUGGAAAGUAUCUGAUAUGUUUUAUUAAAGUCUAUUUGAAUUGAAGCGUUGCUAUGACAAUAAUAGAGAACACAGAGCAUUCAAAGCCUGCUGCUCAUUGUAUGUUACAGCUGACUAUAAUGUUUGUAUUUACCAAAGCUACUAAUACACUGAUGGUAUAAAUCUACUAUAUUUUGAAUCGGGGGAAAAAAACCCAUAAAUAUGAAGAAACAAAUAACUUUAUAAUUAAAGUUGUCAUUUUCAGCAUUUAAAA